GAGGAGAGGGAAUUAAAUAAGUACAUUUAAACGUUGGAGUUACUCAGGUGGCAAAAGCGCAUGGCCACACUAGUGUGGUAAACUCUAGCGACAUUCCCGUGUAUAUCAUGUACAGAGUGAGUAUUGACAUACGGUCAUGUAAGGACACCGUAAUAACGUAACGCUGCGACAAAUCUAUAGGAUAUAUCUCAAGUGAGGAAUCUGGAGAGAUGACACCAUCACUGCUCCCCAUGUGAGCUGGUCGUGUACAGCGAUGUUUUGACAGAUGAAUGGGAGGCUCAGGAGAUGAGUUUUAUUGUGUUUUAAUGUCGGUACCUAUACUGUCACAAUACUGGUGAAUCUAUAAUAGGCUGUACUAAAUACAAGGCCUCCCUCCUCCAUAGAUGUGUGAGGGUCUAGUUAAUGGGAAGCACUGACGCUGAGUGUGGCAGAUCUUCAGAACACUGUCACACCAACAUCUGGCCAUUCACAAAAGGAUUUACAUCCUGUAUGCUGAUUCCAAGUGACCAGCAGCUAAGCGGUCAAUCUCCCGCACGGAUUAUGUGAAUAGCCUGUUGAUUCCUGGAGUUGUACUUUAAUUAUUAACCUAUCUGUGGAUUGAUGUGUGCUUAGUUCUGUGGAUACUAAUUGUUUACCUGGAUCUGGGAACAAAAUCAUCAACCAAUCAGGGGAUUUUAUACCUACAGGUAGGAUGUUUCACAAGAGGACAAAGAGAAGACAUUCCAAACAAGACCUAUAGCGGUCAGUCAGAUAGUGUUUAAACAUGUCAUAACCACACAGAUUCAUUCCUUCAUCAGUUGUUCUUCGCAAAGACAAACAAGAUGGCUGCAUUCCAAAACCUCGUACCUACAUUGCUUUUAUUUAUAAAUAUUCCGUCUUCUCUGCUGGAGAGAAUAGUGGACCGUCCACCCCAAGUGAUCCAGCAACCGAGCCCCAUUCCGUACCGGGACUGCCCCGAGUGUACCCAAGGCGACCGGGUCCUCGUAUACUUUAAAGUGGGUGACACAAUAACCCUGACCUGUCAGGCCAGUGGUCGGCCUGCACCAGAAUACACAUGGACGAAAAAUGGAAAAGAAAUAGACUUUGAUGCCAUAGAAUAUAUAUCACCUACUACAAAUAUCACACGGAUAGUGUCAGAAGUGUCGGGUGGUUCAUUAACAAUUGAUGAGACAUCAGACUACGACGUGGCAAUAUACCAGUGUUCUGCAUACAACAGACUAGGUAGAUCACUGUCAAAAAAGGUUCAGAUGAUUAAAGCCGUAAAUGAACCGUUUCCCUCAGUGACAGUUCCGAAGAGAGUGAGUGUUGUCGUGGGGAACUCGGCGACGUUAACUUGUAGUCCACCUCUAAGUAUUCCCAAAGCAAUAGUGUACUGGACCGACACCAAUGACCCGUCCAGUGCAGGGUCAAGGAUCAAGCUGGAUGACCGAGUCGUCAUGGAUUAUUCUGGAAAGUUGCAUUUUGCCAAUGUGAUACCAUCGGACAAUAGGAAUGGCGAGGCCUACGUGUGUAACGCCUGGCAGAAAAGUGUCUUUAGAUCCUUCCUUCAGGGCGACGACAAAAUCAUACAAACCAAAGGAUCUAUGGGUAAAUUUCCAGUGAGUAAGAUGUGGAACUCCAAUAGAACAGUGACUGGACUCCUGGGUGAAACGGCAAAGUUCAUGUGUAUAUUUGCCGGCAAUCCUACUCCUAAGAUAAUCUGGAAACACAGUGGCAGUCUCAUGGAAAACACUGGACAUGAGCUCAUAAUCAAAAACCUCAAAUACAGUCACCAGGGAGACUACGAGUGUGAAGGGCAAAACAAGCUCUCCAAGGGCAUCACGGUCACAUUUUCUCUCACCAUCCAGUCGAAGCCAUCUUGGGCUACACCACCAGUGAAUCAGGACGUGGGAGUGACGGAAGAUGCUACAUUUCAAUGUAUACCACAGGGUCUACCUAAACCCACAGUGGAGUGGUUCAUCAACGGCAAACCUAUCAGUGAAGUACCAGCUACUCGGAGGACCCUAGCUAACGAUGUACUGACAUUCCAGAAUUUAGAUAAACAAGAUUCUCAGGUGAUACAGUGCCUAGCAACCAACAAACAUGGCACCUUAUGGGCAGACGUAUACCUCAAUGUCCUCGCCUACGCACCUGAGAUCACCAGUGGCCCCGGACAGCUGACCGUAGCUGAACGCCAGUCUGUGACCUUGACUUGUGUCAAUGAUGGAAAACCACAGCCUGUACUGACGUGGAACAAGGGUGCACAAAUCCUUCGUGGGACCCGGUACACACAGACCGGAUCGUCUAUAACCAUCGCAGAUGUGUCCAGUGGGGAUGGCGGCACCUACACCUGUGCGGCUACCAACGUUUACGGCACUAAAUCUAGUACCGGCUCCCUAACAGUACGAAAGAGAACACGCAUCGUCUCGGCUCCUCUGGACAAAAAUGUCACGUAUCCGAGCCCAGUGAUCUUCAAAUGUCAAGCAUUCACAGACAGUGCAGAAUCUGAUAAUCUUAAAAUCAGUUGGCUGAAAGAUGGCGUUCCCUUUGAUAUAAGUGAUCCUAACAUUGAGAUGAGGCCGGAUGGCUUCAAGAUCAAGGAGACAUCUAGUGCUUACACUGCUAACUAUACCUGCUGGGCACACAAUGGCAUAGACGAGGCCAAGUCUGUGGCCCAACUCAAAGUCAGAGCACCCCCAGAUCCAUCCAGCAACAUCUUUAUCCUUAACUGUGAUGCCAGGAGUGUAUCGCUGCGCUGGACAAAGUCCAGGGAUAAUUUUUCACCAAUACAGCGUUACGUGGUAGAACAACACAACGGAUUCAAUCCUGGCCAGUGGAAGUUUCUGGCUGAAACUGACGGUACUGUGACAGAGGUCAAUGCUGAACUCUCCGCAUGGGUGAAUUACACGUUUAGAGUAAAGGCGGUCAAUGAUUUCGGGGAAGGAAUGCCAUCUGACCCAACAGGUACUGUCUGUAGAACGCAGAAAGAUUAUCCUGACAGGCACCCAGAAAAUGUCCACAUCAUCGACAACAAGCCAAACUUCCUCAUCGUGGAGUGGGAUGCCAUGGACCCUAUUCUACACAAUGCUCCCGGGUUCCAGUACAAACUGACGGCCAAGAACAAGAAAACCGGCUUCACCCAUCAGUUUGUCUUUGAUGACUAUCUGGAAACGCGUAAGGAAAUUCAGACUGGUGACGUGUUCCAGGAGUAUGAGAUCUACGUUAUGGCUGUCAAUGAAAUAGGCAAUGCAGUGCCCGUACCACUGACCAAUAUAGGACACUCCGGAAUGUCAGUGCCUAUAGUGGUCCCAGGGAACUUUGAAGUUGACCCUGACGUAAAUAUGACAUAUGAUGAUGCAGGAUUCCGCUGGGAUCCAGUCGACGACAGUCCAGAGUCAAUGCAAGGCAAAUUUGAAGGCUACAAGAUUCGAUACUGGACACCAGAUAAUCCCGACAAGAAAUUUGAGGUCAUUGUGCGCAAAGAGUUCUUACAAGGGGAGAGAAGCAGGAGGGCAACAUUGAAGGAGACAGCCAGGGUGAAAAAUCUACCAGCGUACACCCCUCUUCUGCUGGACGUGGUCGCCAUCAACACUUACUUCGAAUCCAACAGCAGCAAUGUGCUGAACCUGACGACACCAGAGGGCGUACCGGACAAGGUGAGACGCCUGCGUGCCACGAGUCGUGGUGUGGUAUAUAUCAAACUGUCAUGGGAGGAACCAGAACGACCCAGCGGCAAAAUUACUGGCUACGAAGUCUCGUAUGAAGAAAUACAUGGUCUGACAUUGGGGAAUACCAUCAUAUCAAACGAUACAAUCAUUGAGUUAAAUGGUGGACUCAUCACAAGAGUUAACGGAUUGAACGAGAAUACACAAUACAGAAUCCAUGUUCAGGCAAAAACUGGCGAAGGACUUGGGGAGGACAUGUACAUUGAUGUAAUGACAGCGAUACCUGGUGAUCCAGCUAUUCCCAAGAUUGACACGAUCACCCCUCACUUUGACGCAAUCAACGUGUCGUGGACGAUCAACGCUAACCAUGAUCGCGCUGGCUAUAACCAUUACGUGGAAUACAGGCGUCAAGGAAACAACAAGUGGAGCGAGAUGCCCGGAGAGUUGAUGAAGUCGUGGCAGCUGGUACCCAACCUCACAUCUGGCGUCACUUAUGAAGUCCAAGUGGUAGCGACCAGUGGACAGGAAAUCAAGAGGAGUAGUAUCCGCACUGUCGCCACGCUUGGGGCACAAGUUGCCUACACUCCGGAGGUAUAUGAAAGUCUAUGGUUUAUUAUCAUGCUGGUGGCCUUAGCACUCCUCAUUAUCAUCUUUAUCAUCGUGUGCCUUGUAAAGCGAAGUCGGGGAGACAAAUACCAUGUACAAGAAAAUGAAAGACUUAAAGGAAUACCCCCAGAAGAUAAGAAAUCAGCACUUGUUAAUGAUUUUAAUGAAAAUGGUGAGAAGCAGCCUUUAGCGGGUAGCUCCGACCCUGACCUUGAGAAGGCUGGCCUUGACAGUGAACAAGACAGCUUAGAGGAAUAUGGGGAUGUAGACCCCAGUCGAUUUAACGAGGACGGGUCAUUUAUAGGACAAUAUGGAGCCCAGAAUGUUUCUACAGCAGACGAAACUCAGCCCUCCGCCAUGCACACAUUUGUCUGAUUGGUUUGGAUUCCUAGUGUCAUAGCAACAAGGCCAAGUAAUUACUGUAUUGUCAUAGCAACAAGGCCAUAAACAUUACAUUGGAUUUUGUGGUAUCAAAUUACUGUAUCAGCAGCAAUGUGAGAAUUGCAGCAGAAUCCUUAGUAUCAUUUACUGUCAUAGCAACAAGGCCAAGCAUUUACUGUAGUCAUAGCAACAAGGCCAAACAUUCCAGUGGGAUUCAUAAUAUCAAAAUGCUGAAGUGUUCCCUCUACCAUGUUACAGAUACAUGGGAAAACUUAUCUGAAAUGUGUCUAGUCAAAACCACAAACGGCAGGAGCACAGUCUCUGGUCAAGGAUAACUCUCCAGAAUAUUACAAAUGAUUGCUUGUGAUACUGAGUCUGGUGUGCAAUUUUUUCAUUAGUCAUGUGAUUCCUAGUAACCAUGGAUACAUGUAUCAUCUCAUACUUUGUCAUAUUCAGCCAAAGCCUUUCUGAUUGGUCUCAGUGUCAGCACCAAGUGUUCUCCGAGGUUUAGUCUCGCAACAUAACGCUUCUGGAAAACUGAAAGUCACAGACUCCUUAGAGUGAACUUCAAAUCAGUGUUGUCUUGUGGGGAGUUCUCGGAAAAAGUCCCAGUAUUGAUGUUUUUGCUUACAUAAUAUUUAUGCAUAAAUGUUAUGUAACUGGGUGGAAGUGUUACAUAAGUGCAUCAAUCUGCAGCAAACUGUGUAUCUCUCACACAAUCUACAAUACCAUAUAAUAUAUAUAUAGAAGUGUUAGAUUUUCUUUGUCUGUGGAUUUUAUUUAAUUUUCUUAUUUAUUUAUUAAUAUUGAAUUAUGAUAUAUAUAUGAUUACUCCAUUAAACAUGAAGUGGAGCGAGUGUAUCCACUGUAAGGUGGUGAAAUUGCAACCCUGCUUUACUGGCAAUGAGGAUGUCUGUACCAGUCCAUUUCUAGUGCAAUAUACAUACUAUCCACAAUCUACACGGACUGGUCGUGGUCCACAAGUAGUGGAUCCUAGCAAUCCGCGAGUAGUGAAAUACGGCGAUCCACAAGUAGUGGAUCCUAGCGAUCCGCGAGUAGUGAAAUACGGCGAUCCACAAGUAGAGGGUCAGACGUUGAUUAUGUGGAUUAAUUUCAAUGUUUGUGAUGAAGUUAUACCUUGUCCAUAACUAUAUGUACAUGUACGGCCAUGAUAAUUGUGCUUUUGUAGGUAUAUGUGUAUACGUGUGAGAGAACCUGACAUAUUUGUUACCGAAGAGUUUACUGCUGCAAUGACCUCCCUUUCAUUCCGUGUUUCCUGUUUGAUAAUCGUAUUCAUUUGGAUAUGUAUAGUGUCUGAUGAUAUAUUAAAAGUCAGAAAGUGUUUGCUACCUAAUGCCAUCAGCCAUUGUUACCGUGGUAACCAUAUAUCACUGCUGCCUUAUGUGUACAAUAAUGUUCCUGACUAAAAUUUGAGAUAAAUUUGUACUAUUACCAUAGUAAACAGACUAAUAUACAGUUCAAUCAAUGGGAAGUAAAAUUCAAACCAAUACAGACCUGGAAUCAUUUAUAGGGAGGAAGAGAACUAACUAUAUACAACAAAAUACGACACCUUGAAGACAGUAGGGUUUGUUUGAGAACAUGGUUCAAUUAACGCACUGAGGAAUGAAAGAGAUUUUUUGGGAUCAUGGUUAGAGAUAUGAUGAGAAUGAUUUAUAUCGUGGGUAACAACCUUGAUGAGUGAUAGUUUGUGAACAUGGGUGACCUUCUGGUGACCUUCUGGUGACCUUCUGGGAUGUAAGUGUUUGACAAUAUGGUGGACACCAUAAGGAACGAUAGACUGUUUGUUUGAGAUCGUUUGUAACGACCAGAAGAUAGAUUACCUGAUAACAUGGCUACAUAUAACACCACUUAACUCAUUCACCCCUAAAUUUCAUAAUGAACUAUUCCAACCUUUGAAUUGGAAGUGUUCAAAUGUGUCUUUAGGGGUGAAUGAGUUAAAGGAGUAGGAUCCCAUGCUGAAGCAGCUGUCCCUCCUAAAGGCUUACUUACACAUUAUGAUAACGAUGAUGAUAAAUUUCCGUGCAAAAAUCAAACUUGGCGAGCAGAAAAAUAAGCUUAAUUAACUUAAACAAUUGUGAUAAUUACUAUACUCACCAAAACCUCAUUCCAUUUCAAUAUAUUAUAUAGAAUGACGCAGCAGUUCAAACAGGGACCAAUCACAGCCCAGUAUCACUUCUGAUACAGGUUUAACUUUACACACAUACAUGUACUUAACACUAGACUUAACACACUUAGUUUAUACAGUGUUAACUUUAAACUCGUACUACACGUGUUAACUUUACACUCAUACUAAAUACCAAGUAUAAAAUUUAUUCAUAAUAAAUACAUUAAGUGUAGACUUUUCACACACAAUAGAAAUAUUUAAUUUUGCACAUAUGCAUAAUAGGAAGUGUAAACUUAACUCACUCACACUUACUACAAAAUGUAAACUUUACUCACCUACAGAAUACUUAUAUUACACAGUAAUUAGGUCAUGUACAUUGUAAGACUUACAGAGUGUCAACUUGUGUCAAAUCCAAUUGCUGUAUAUUAAUAAGCAAUAAAAUAUGUUUAAAUACAAAUACACAUUGGGUGUUAAAACGCAUAAGUGUAAAUUUGAUACACAAAGUGUUAACUUAAUUAACACAGUGUCAACUUAACACAAAGUGUCAACUUGACACAAAGUGUCAACUUGACCCAGUGUAUAUAACCUAGUCUUUAUACACUAUUUGUAUGUUGGUAGUGUAGUGACGUGUAAAACUAAGGGUAACGUAGUCUUGUUUCCUUUUUACAUGUGUUCUAACUCAUUAGCCUUUAUAAUGUCAUUAGAGCUGAUAAGUUAAUAUCUGGUGCCAUUGAUUUAUUUAAUAUCUAAUGUCAUUAGAUUUAAUAAGUUGGCAUCUAGAAUGUGUGUUCUAGGUUUUGGUGUAACAAUAUUCAAAUCGGAAACAUCCAGAGCUCGAUGGGCUACCUAAGCUGUGACUGAAAUUUCACGAGAAGAACAAUUAUAGCAGAAAUGUACAAAUGAUUUUUAAAAAUAUGUAUUUUAUUUAUAAUCUUUUGAUUAAGUUGACAAAUAGCAUCUUAUGAACCUGGGCACCACAUAUGUAACUUAAAUGAAAUGUCUCGCAUAAGAAAAGUAAUCGAGUCUCAUUAUAAUGGGAAUUGUGACCUAGGUAUCUUAGUUAUUAGACCAGUAGAUGUUCAACAAGUAACAGAAUACUACAGUGUAAUACAUCUCAUUUAGAACCCUUUUUUAUUCUAGUCAGAUAAUAGCUACAGUAUUAAAUGUUUUUAAGUUUUAUAUUCAAAACAGAACAAGGAGAGAGCCCAACAUCAGGGUAGUGUUUGUUAUUUGUGUGUUCUAUGUAAAAACCAUGGUUACCGUUAUAAACAUGAUAUUCUCUUCACUAUAUUAACUCUGCUGUACAAAGUAUUGACGUAAAUAAAGAUGUAAAUUUUGUUGAUAUCAUGUCACAUGAUGUAAUGGGUGUAAAUAGUGAGAUAUGGUGUGUGCUCUGAUAUUUUUAUAUGUGAUCUGAGUGAUUAAGGAGCUUGGAUGUGAUGCAGGUUGUUCCAUUAUCUAUAAAUGUAAGUUCAAAGUGACUCGAGUUAGAUUCAUGAUCUGUGUCAGUGAAAUGCUUUUGAAGGAUGUAACUUUCCAGAGACUUGAUUGUGAAAUUUUACUUCUUUGUCCUAUGAGGUCUUGCCUGCUAGUUCUUGUAUAAAUAUACAGCUGUGGCAGAAAUAACAGUCUUACCAGAAAGCGGACGAUGCGGUCUCUGUUCAAUAUGACAAACAGUUUAAAAUCUGCAAAAUAAGUGUGUAUGUCGUGGUUUCUAAGAUUCUAAGUUCAUGCUUACAAAGUUAUUUACAUAGAAAAUCAGUGCCUGUAAAUUUGAGAUCCCUAGACUAUUUGAGAUCAGCAUGACAAAAAGGCAAUAGGUGUCAAAUAUGGAAAGGAUUUCUUUUAACACUCGAUGAAACAGGAAAUAUUACUUCACAUAAACACAUGAAAAUUACUAGAAAUUGAAACUCCAUGUUUAACGCACAGGAAUGCUACACACCUACAGCAAAUGUAUCGCCAUCAUGUUGAUUUUGUGCAAUAUUUAUUUUUACUGAGAAAGGAACAAAACUUUGCGAGAAUGAAAUUUAAAGUGCUGUCAUAAUGUAUUUGAAUGAACGGUAGUAUGUAGUGAUGUAUACACUGGUUUGAAAAAUCAUUAUGUAACCAUAUAUAUAACGGGAUGUAUUUGUCCCUGAGUCUGCUUUCACUGUACUGUAUAUUGUUAGCAGAUAGUGUUAAGUGUCAUAUAUAUCAUUGUAAAACACCUUUUUUAUUCCAAUAAUAUUUGUCCUUACCACUAUAUGGUAUGCGUGUCCAUUUACUAUGAUUGAGAUUGUCACGGAGUCCAUACUCACCUUGAAAGUAAUAUGGUGUUGUGACCUGGCCACAUGGUCCGUAUUCACAUUAAAAGUAAUAUGGUAUUGUGACCUGGCCACAUGGUCCAUACUCACCUUGAAAGUAAUAUGGUAUUGUGACCAGGCCACAUGGUCCGUACUCACCUUGAAAGUAAUCUGGUAUUGUGACCUGGCCACAUGGUCCGUACUCACCUUGAAAGUAAUAUGGUAUUGUGACCUGGCCACAUGGUCCGUACUCACCUUGAAAGUAAUCUGGUAUUGUCAUACUCACAGUACUAGUCAUCAGCAGGCUGCAAUCACAUACUAAUUAUUCAUCUCAGCUUAAAUUAUAGGGACUGAAAAUGUUCCUUUCAUAUUAUUUGUCCACUGCCUAUUUCUGUCAUUCCAAUUCCAUACGAAAGCCCAAAACCUUUGAGAAAACACCCACACCUUCGAGAACGUAUCCCUACACUUUAAAGAAAGCCCCAGAUGUUAUAGAAAUCCUCACCCGUAGAAAGAAAUGUAUUAAGAAUGAAAUGGCUGUAGUAGGUAACCUAACACAAGGAAAUCCAUUACAACAUUGGUCCUAAGCUUCUCCUUAACAACGGUAGUUACCCAAUUCACUGACAGACCUGUGUAACACAAGGAAAUUCAUUACAACAUUGGUCCUAAGCUUCUCCUUAACAACGGUAGUUACCCAAUUCACUGACAGACCUGUGUCUAAACUUGAAAUCUCGAGUUGUAGAUAUAAUGAUAUUACUGUUUUUACUAAUUAAGAAAUGAAUGAAUCUCCUUUGCCAGUUUUCUGUCAACAAGCAUUUGAAUUCUAGCCGGAUGUAAACCACACAUAUCACUAUGACAACAGAAUGGUCUAUUGCAUUACAUUUUGAUAUUUUAAUACAUGUAGCAAAUGUAGUCUGUUCAAGACUGAUCUCUUAGAUAACGGUUCUCUGCUGACCAGUGUAAUCCAAUGCUGGUGGUCAAUAGUUUCCUUACUGACCAGUAUAAUCCAAUGAUGGUGGUCAACAGUUUCCUCACUGACCAGUGUAACCCAAUGCAGGUGGUCAGCAGUUUCCUCACUGACCAGUGUAACCCAAUGCAGGUGGUCAGCAGUUUCCUCACUGACCAGUGUAACCCAAUGCAGGUGGUCAGCAGUUUCCUCACUGACCAGUGUAACCCAAUGCAGGUGGUCAGCAGUUUCCUCACUGACCAGUGUAACCCAAUGCAGGUGGUCAGCAGUUUCCUCACUGACCAGUGUAACCCAAUGCAGGUGGUCAGCAGUUUCCUCACUGACCAGUGUAACCCAAUGCAGGUGGUCAGCAGUUUCCUCACUGACCAGUGUAACCCAAUGCAGGUGGUCAGCAGCUUGUAUAUGUAACUUGGAGGUGUUUUUUUAAUAAUAAUGAAAUAUGCCUUGGUAGAUACAUAUUACCCUUUGAGCAAAACAAUUGAAUGUAUCUGUAGCUUGUAAUCUCUGUUCUCAGGAUUAAAUAUCUCUAAAAGAUCCUAUAACUAUUUUUUGAAAAUGUAACAUUCAACACAUCUAAAGAAGAGGUCAUGUGACUAGAGACCUCUUAAAAAAAGCAGGUCAUGUGACUUACAGCUUACACCGUGGUUGUAACUUGUGUAUAUAUCUGUAUUGGCACUUUUAGGAGUUAAGUUGUGAAGUUAAACUGCUUUGUCAAGCUUACCUCUAACAAAGACAGUCAUACAGAGGUAAAACGUUUU